AUGGAACCAGAGCCGUCCCUUGGCACUCUCCUCAAGGCUAUCACAGCCCUCACAGCCACAGUUGGGUCCCUCCAGGACCAAAUCAGAGCGCAAGGCCAACAGCUCAGUGAACUCAAGGAGACUGCCAACCUACUUGGCAAUAAGGACCAAGGAGGAGCCCAAACCCAGCCUGGCCCAUUGACUGGGCCUAUCACCCCUCCUACCCAAUCAGGAGGGGAAACCCACACUCCAGGAAUGGUUAGGCCUGGACUCAAGGCCCCUUUCCACCCAUCCAGGGGCACCGGCUUUGACUCAGAGGAGGAGGAAGAACCCAGGCAAGCCCUCAAAAAAGAGCCUUGCAACACGCCUAAACGGAGCCUCAGCUCCCUCACCCCCUUUGACUCAGGGUCCUCUGUAAAGCGGCCCAAAAUGGAACUCCCCAACCCAUACAAGGGGGACUCCAGGGGACGCAAGGCAACUCAGUGGCUGGAUUGCAUGCUGCUAUGGGUCGCUGUUGUAGACACAAUCAAUGCCAGGGAAUUUAUUCCCAUUUUCUCGAAUUUAAACAAAAGCUGGGACUUGGGACCCUUCCUUCCGUCAACCCCCACUGUCAAAAUUGGGGAAGUCUCCCUUGAGCGCAUCACCUGCCUACUCCUUGGCCUCCUUGGCCAAGUUGAACAACUCAAACAAGAGGUUGCAGAAAUCAAGGAAGCAGGGGUCAAGACCUGCACCAAUGUCAAAAAUAUCUCCCAAACUGUUGAUGUUGUCAAGGAUGGGCUUAGAAGCCUCCAAUCACACAGGCCCAGAACCCCAGAAGAUACCAAGCCCCCGGUUGUGGAAGCAAUGCCACGCCCCUUAUCAAAGGUUGACCCUAUUGGAUCAACUAGUUGGGUCUCCUUCUGGGACAAACCUUCUAAGGGCCCCCAAAUCUUUGCCCAGCCAACUCCAGUCCAAGCAGUGCCCCUGCAAGUCCCAUCUCCCAUUGCAUCUCCACGUCUCCAAUCCCCAAUUGGAGCCCCUGCCCCUCCACCUCCGGCUCCAGCAACCCACUACCCCACUCCAGUCAAGGUUGACCACCCUCAUGCCCACACAGGCAAAAUAGGGAGCAAAGCAAAACAGUGGUUGACUUGUAUGCUGGCCUGGACCCGCCUCAACUUGCGGAUGUUCCCAACCAAUCAGGAGGUUCUAUCCUUCCUCUUGAUGAACAUGAAGGAUUCCGCUGGGGCCUGGGCCCACCCUCACUUAGACCAACUAGGCUCACACCAAGCCAUCAUACAAACAGUUGAGGGUUUUAAAUUGGAGUUCUUGGCGGCAUUUGGCAACCCUGACGCCACUAGGGCCGCCAAACGGAAGAUCACUACGCUCACCCAAUCCAGCACAUGCGCGGAUUAUAUUACAAAAUUCAGGACCCUGGCAAUGGAACUGGAUUGGAACAACGCAGCCCUUAGAGGCCAGUUUGCCCAAGGCCUCCAUUGGGAGAAUGCAGCACUUGUCAUUGACAAUGCUCUCCGCAAAGAGUGUGCUAGCCAUCCACCAAAGGAUAAUAAGUCUAGCAGACCAUCUAACCCCACAAGGGGGACAAGUACUGGCCAAGCCACUUCCGGUUCAAAAAAACUCUCCAACAAUCCCAAUUUUGUGUCAGAAGAAGAAAGGAAUUGCUGCCGUGCCGCUGGCGCUUGUAUCAAGUGCGGCAAAAUGGGUCACAAGUUUGCAGAAUGCCGCACGGGUUGGAAAGCCACCCCAAUUGAGGAUAAGGGGAAGGCAAAAGAAACCGCCAAAAUUGGCAAAGAGUCUGGACCCAAAUCAGGAAAAGACUAA